AAUGCCGUUGCUUGGAUGUGGACUGCACUGUUUUGGAAGGUAUCUGAUUCUGUGACUACGGGCAGGCUCCAUAGCACAGCUGAGUCUGGCAUCUAAAACUCUGGGCUUAUGCAGCAAUGCAAGCACAAGUGAGUGUAAUUCAGUUAGAGUGUGGUCUCCUCUUAGUCUAAGACCCCGUAGGAGAGGGUAUGAUCCCGUGUGAGUGUAAUUCAGUUAGAGUGUGGUCUCCUCUUAGUCUAAGACCCCGUAGGAAAGGGUACGAUCUUGUUUGUCCGGAACCAGCUUUAAGGACUAAGGGGGAAGUCCUGCUAAACUGUGUCAGGAAGUAAAACACCAUCUUUCUAGAAAUCUAUCUUAACAAAUUAUGGUGAUGUCUUACAAGAGCCUCAGAGACUGCCCCGCUGUCUAAGCAGCUGUGUUGUAGAGUGUAGGACUUAGCUUGAAGACGCUUUAUAGCUAUCUAAGGCAACCAUCAGAGAACCACUUUCAGAACUGUCAGCGGGCGAAACUUUCUGUAACUGCAUAGCUGUGCAGAUUGAGUGCUCAAAGAAUUAUUAUUCCCAUUUAAGAAUAGUUGAAUAAAUCUGGAGAUAUAGUUUAGUGUUACAAUGUUUGUUUAAUAUGUGCAGAGGUAGCUUAGCAUUAGGCUGUAGGUUCAAUCCCUAGCGAGGGAGGGAAAGGUAGGUAUAUAGUUAGAAAUGCAAAUGCACAUUCUCACAAUCCAAAUCACUACUUUCAUAACCAAAUUAAAAAUCUAAAGAAUUUGCUUUUUUUUAAUUAAAAAUUUUUUAUUUACUUAGUAUGAGUAUGGAAGUAAGAGGAUAAACUACAAGAGUUAGUGAUUCUUUUCCUCAACCAUGUGGGUCAUGGGGAUUGAACUUAACUUGUCAGGCUUGGUAGCAAGUGCUUUACCCACUAUAUCAUUCUCUCUCUCUCUCUCUUUCUCUCUCUUUCUGAGAUAGAGUUUCUCUGUGUAGCCCUGGCUAUCCUGGAACUCACUCUGUAGACCAGGCUAGCCUGAAACUCAAAGAUCCGCCUGCCUCUGUCUCCUGAGUGGUGGAAUUAAAGGUGUGUGUCACCACCACCCAGCUUCCACUAAGUCAUCUUGCAGGACUCAAUUUGCUACUUUUAAAAACACAGUAAUUAUUGAAACAGGUAGGGAAUAAAGCUAAUAUAAGGCAGAUACUGCUAAUUUUCUUAAUAUUUAUUUUAUGAAUAUGAGUGUUUUGCCUGCAUAUAUGUGCAUAUCCAGUGCCUGCAGAGGUCAGAAGAGGACAUCAAGAUCUCUUGGAACUAGAGUUACACUAGGUUAUAAACUAACAUGUGGGUGCUGGGAACUGAACCCAAGCCCUUUGCAAGAGCAGCAAGUACCCUUAACUACUGAGCCCUGAUCUACCACCUAUUUCUCACUAACAUCUACGAUUUCUGCAUAGAUAUUAAAAUAUUCUAAAACAACAGCAACAACAACCAGCCAGCUUUGGUGGAGUACACCUAUAAUCCCAGUACUUGCGACACUGAGGAAGAAGAUUGUGUGUUUGAGGCCAGACUAGGCCUUAUGUAUAAUGAAAUCUUGUUUCAAAAAAGAAGAAAAGAAAAGAAAGUCGUGUAAAUUAUUCUGUGGAGUAGGAUACUAUAUGACUGAUUUAUUUCUUACCUAAAACACUUGGGGAACAAAAGUUCUAUUCCCACACAGAAGUGACUCAGAUAAUAAUGAGAUAUUAUUCCAUAAGACAAUCAAUUAUCCAAACUCAGGAGGUAAAGGCAGGGGGAUCAUGAGUUCAAGGUCAUACCAAGACCCUAUCUCAAAAAAAAAAAAAGUUUUCAGAUCAUACGAUUCCAUUUGGACAACAAUAUUGAAGCAAAACAGUGCAUAGAAAAAAAAAAGAUCAGGAAGACAUACUUUUUGUUUGUAUGUUUCCAGACAAGGUUUUUCUGUGUAGCUUUAGCUGUCCUGGAACUUGAUCAGUGGACUAGGCUGGCCUUGAACUCAGAGAUCUGCCUCCUGAGUGCUGGGAUUAAAGGAGUGUGCCACCACCACCCUGCUGAAAGACAUACUUUCAAAACAACAUUCUAUCUCUAAGUGGUAGAAUCAUACACCACUUAUAUCCUUCUGGUACUUACAUGUAUUAUCUGAGUUUUCUAUAUAACAAACAUGAACUUCUUUUGCCAUAGGAAAAUAUAAAAGCUAAAACUUUAAACUGGGCAUGGUAGUUUGUGUCUGAUAUCUCAGCGACAUGGUAGGCUAAGGCAGAGGAAUGGCCAUUCAAAUUUAGCUUGGGCAACCAAGGGAGAACCUGUCUCAAAACAAAACAAAACAAGCCAUUAAAAAUGGUAAAAAUAUGCCAGGCGGUGGUGGGCACACCUUUAAUCCCAGCACUCAUGAGGCAGAGGCAGGCGGAUCUCUGUGAGGUCUACAGAGCUACUUCCAGGACAACCAAGGGUACACAAAAAACCCGCCUCAACAAAACAAAACAAAAAAACAGCACUGACGUCCCCCGCCACCGCCAUGCCCAAAAGAAAGGCUGAAGGGAAUACUAAAGGAGAUGAAGCCAAGGUGAAGGAUGAGCCACAGAGAAGAUCUGCAAGGUUGUCUGCUAAACCUGCUCCUCCAAAGCCAGAACUGUAGCUUGAGUUUUCCUGCCUGGCCCACAGUCAGGAUAAAUCUCUGCCACCCGCCAGUCCUACAACCGCUCAGACCCGACCAAGUAAACACAGAGACUUAUAUUGGUUACAAACUGUAUGGCCGUGACAGGCUUCUUGCUAACUGUUCUUACAGCUUAAAUUAAUCCAUUUCUAUUAAUCUAUACCUUGCCACGUGGCUUGUGGCUUACCGGCAUCUUCACAUGCUGUUUCUCAUCAUGGUGGCUGGCGGUGUCUCUCUGACUCAGCCUUCCACUUCCCAGUUUUUUCUCCUCUUUGUCCAGCCUAUACUUCCUGCCUGGCCACUGACCAAUCAGUGAUUUAUUUAUUGACCAAUCAGCAACACAUUUGCCAUACAGACCAUCCCACAGCACAGAACCCACGCCUAAAAAGGCCCCUGUAAAGAAGGGGGAGAAGGUCCCCAAGGGGAAGAAGGGGAAAGCCGAUGCUGGUAAGGGUGAGAGUAAUGGAGACACCAAGGCAGACCAGGCACAGAAAGCUGACGGUGCUGGAGACACCAAGUGAGAUGUGUGCAUUUUUGAUAACUGUACUUCGGUUGACUGUACAGUUUGAAAUACUAUUUUUUAUCAAGUUUUAUAAAAAUGCAGAAUUUUGUUUUACUUUUUUUUUAAGCUAUGUUGUUAGCACAUAGAACACUUCAUUGUUGGGGGGGAGGGCGCGGGAGGAACAUGUGUCACUAACAAAAUGUCUCCCAAGCUGGAUUGAUGAUGGCUGAUGUUGGAAAACAUCUUUCCCUGAUGAUUUUGAAAGACUCCUCUUGGCUCUCAGGAGAGACAUCCUGGUGUUGACAUAUGUGCCACCAUGGCACAAAAUGCCUUGUGUGGGAAACUCUAAAUUCAUUUCUGUGUCUUCCUCCCCUGUACCAUCAACAUAGAUUUAACUCCCUUCAAACCAGAGACCUGUUGGAACCUGACCCCCAAAAUUGGUUUUGCCGGUCUAUCAGGCAAUCUCUACUUUGCUGUGGUAUUGUUGUGUCCUCAGAAGAACAGUGGUUCCUUUUAUAAAAGAUUGUGGAUCUUCAGAUUGAUAAUUUUGCCGUGUUUGUUUCAUUUCCUGAAAGUCAGGGUCGGCUUGGGAAAAGUUGUUAAACAACAUCCUCAAUGUGAACUGUCAGCCCUCACUCUAAGCUCUCCCCCUUUUCAAAGCAUCGAAUGAAGACUCAUCAGGUUUUAUAGUGGCUUUCUGAUUUUGGUAGUCUAUACAAGAAGGGAGUUUGGAAGCUCUUGUAUUCUGUUAAUGAUUGUCUGCCCAGGUCUUGCCUGAAAAACCAUGAUUGUUUAUGAAAAGUAUCUUUAAUAAAGCUGGAUACAGUUUGGCCUGGAAAAACAAAACAAAACAACAAAACACCAAGACAAAAAAAAAUGAAAACUAGCCAGACACAGUGGUACCUGCCUUUAAUCCUAGCACCUGAGAGGCAGAGGUAGGUAGAUCUUUAUGAGUUUGAGUCUAGCCCAGUCUACAUAGUAGGUUCUAGGACAGCCAGAGCUACAUAGUGAAAGAGAGGGAGGAAGGGAGAAAGGAAGGAAAGAAGGAAAGAAGGAAGGAAGGAAGGAAGGAAGGAAGGAAGGAAGGAAGGAAGGAAAAGAAAGGACAAAUAAAGAAAGAAAAAUAUUCCAAGGGAAUAAUGAUUUAAGAGUUAACAUUUUCUUUAGAGUAAGGCAAGAAGAGGUUAACAUUAGACAUAGCUUGGCAGGCUCAGAUAAGUGUAUUUUAGAUAGACUACUUAAAAUAUGGCUAUCGCAAAGGAAUGAAAUACUUAGUAAUUAAGAAAACAGUGUGUUACAGAUCAAAAUUGGAAUCAAUGCACCAAUCUACAGACUUUCAUACAGCUCUGUAAAAGUUGCCCUUUUAUCCCAGCUGCUCUGGUUUGUUGGCUACUUGGUGUCCAGAACAGUACUCAUUUCUAGAAACCUCCAGUCUUGGUUUU